AUGGCUUCUACUCUAUUCCUCCUCGCCCUCGCCCCCGCGGCCGUCGUCCAAGGUCUCCGCUACGACCCGGCCUUCAUCGAUUACAACCUCAACCAGAGUAAGGACGCAAUAAACCCCUUAGACUACUCAGCCGAACGACCCGGCCACACCUACCACCCAUCACCCUCCGACUGGCGGUUUCCGUUCUAUACACUUUUCCUCGACAGGCUCGCUGACGGCAAUCCGUCAAACAAUGAUAUCAACGGGACCGUCUACGAGCAGGACAUCACGAGCAAUCAGCUGCGGCAUGGCGGCGACGUGCAGGGGCUUCUUGAUAGUCUGGAUUAUAUCCAUGGCAUGGGGAUGAAAGGCAUAUAUAUUGCUGGUUCCCCGUUCAUGAACCUCCCGUGGGGUGCGGACUCUUACUCGCCCGUGGAUCUCACACUCCUCGACCAUCACUAUGGCACGAUCAGGGAAUGGCAGGAAAUGGUCGAUGCGGUCCACAAGAGGGGAAUCAUGAGCGACCUGCUCGCGUUCAAGGGCUUCGAAAACACGACCGCCCCCUUCCAACUCGGCGAGCAUGAAGUCAACUACAAGGGGUCCCGGCAGUAUCUCGACUUUCAUCCUUCUAACAACUACCUCAAGAAGUGCGACUACCCGCGAUUCUGGGACAUGACCGGUUCUCCAGUCGGCCAGGACGUUAUGGACCAGCUCGGCGGGUGUUACGAUAGUGACUUUGACCAGUACGGCGACAUUGAAGCUUUUGGCGUCUUCCCCGACUGGCAGCGUUCCCUGGCCAAGUUUGCCAGCGUGCAAGAUCGCCUGCGGGAGUGGAAGCCUUCGGUGCGGGACAGGAUCGCGCACUUCUCUUGUCUCAGCAUAAUCAUGCUCGACAUCGACGGGUUCCGGUACGAUAAAGCCACCCAAAUCACAGUCGAUGCUCUUGCUGAGCACAACGAUGCGGUCCGUGCCUGCGCUAAGAAGGUGGGCAAGGACAACUUCUUCCUUCCCGGGGAGAUCACGGGCGGCAACAGCUACGGCGCCGUCUACCUUGGCCGCGGCCGUCAGCCGGACAUGCGUCUCGAGAACACGUCCCAGGCGAUGAACCUGACCACCAAAGCGCUCAACAAGGCCGGAAACGGAAAGCAGCUGGUGAUCCGAGACGAAGGGAAGGGCGCGCUCGACGCAAGUGCUUUUCACUUCAGCACCUACCGCUUUCUUACCCGCUUCGUCGGUCUGAGCGGAAACUUGGAAGCCAGCUACGACCUGCCGCCCAACUGGGUCAACAUGUGGAGCGAGAUGCUGUUGACCAACGACUUUGUGAAUGCCAACACAGGCGAGUUCGACCCGAGACACAUGCACGGCACCAUGAACCAGGACGUGUUCCGGUGGUCGGGCAUUACGCAGGGUACAGAGCGCAUGCUGCUUGGCUUCUUCCUGACGACGUUGCAUAUGCCCGGCAUCCCGCUUGUGUUCUAUGGGGAAGAACAGGCGCUCUAUGUGCUCGACAGUACUGCGGACAACUACAUCUUUGGACGGCAGGCAUUCACGCCUACCCAGGCGUGGAAGAUGCACGGUUGCUACGCCGGCAGCAGCUCCCAUUACUACAAUUGGCCGGUCGAUGACGCCCGGCGUGGAUGCGAGGACCCCAAGGUGGCCCUGGACCACCGCGACCCGUCGCAUCCCACUGAAUUGGUGCUGCUGGAGGGUUCCAACAAGACCUACACCGAGUUCGGCAUCUGGAGCGUCGCGCGCGCCUUCCAGCCGGGCGUGCAGGGCCAGUUCGCGUCGAAGCCGGUCUGGCUUGUGUACCACAACCGCAACGAGACGACCGAGUAUACGUUUGACUGCGGUGGCGGCGACGAGACCAUGGCCUUUUUUGCCCCAUUUGAUCAAGGCGCCAAGGUCACGAACCUGUUCUCUCCGCAUGACGAGAUCACGCUGGGCAGCUCGAACAAGAGGUUCGGCUUCGCCGGGUCGAGCGAGAACAGCGGUUGCGUCUCCAAGAUCACGAUGAAGCCGUUUGAGUUCCGCGCCUAUGUCGAGUCGGCUGACUUUGUCGGCGUGCCGCCCAUGAUUACCAAGUUCAGUCCGGGUCAUGAUAGCCAGCACAACGCGGAUGAGAUCAAGGGAAGUCUCGAUAUUGCCAUUGAGUUCUCGGAGGAAAUGGACUGCAAUGAUUUGAUGGAUGCUAUUUCGGUCUCGUCUACCGUCGAGUCCGGUGUCCUGGGGAAUGCGCGGGUCAUCGAACCGAAAUGCGCGGCGGUGCCGGAGACAAGAGGGACGGAAUACGUCGGUUUUGUACCAUCGCGGUGGCGCUUCAGUGCCAAGCUGACCGGCCUGAACGACGGCAUCCACGAAAUCAUCGUUGACAGGCCCGCAGCCAGCGCUGGGAAGAGGUCUACCAACGCCACCGAUCACUUCUUGCUCCGGGUUGGAAAGCCGAAUAACCCGAUCGUCUUCCCCGAGUCGGCCGAUUACUCCCCCGCGCUUCUCACAAAGGAGGGCAACGAUCUCUUCGUCAACCACGUGGCCGCCGGCGCGGAUAAAUGGCGGUAUUCGACGAACUGGGCCUCAUCGUGGAGCGAGUGGGUCGAAUACAAGGGCGGCAAAGACAAGAUCGACCCUCUCCCCUGGUCCGGCACCCGAAUCCAGGCCUGGGACGGCGACCACGUCAAGGUGCAGUACUGGUCCAAGAAGCUGGGCAGCAGCUCGUUCCGACAGGAAGGUGACAGCAACCCCGGACAGCAAAAGGAACGUCGUUUCCCAAACCUUUUCGCGCACGGAACGCGCAACAAGUUCGGCUUCGACGCCGGCAUCAAGAACCAGUUCUCUCUCAACGACAACGGCGAGUGGGAGUUGCACCUGAUGGACGAGUGGCCGACGCAGUUUCAGCUCAACGUCUGGGGCAUGAAUCCCGACCAGAAGCCCGACGCCGGGUUUGUGUAUGGCGACGUCGAGGGCGAUGGCGUCCUCGAUCGCCUGCCGCCCACGUCGCUCGCGCCCAACGUGCUCAACGCGAGAGAACCGCCGCCGAUGCCCGCGCUCUCGUAUAAGCUUGUCUUUGACGACCGGACGUUGCGCUUCACAAAGGUCCCGCAGGGCAACAUGUGGCUCCAGAUCAUUAUGCUCAUCCUGCUGGCCGUCCUCCCAAUCGUCGGUGGCCUUCUUGCCGUGUGGAUCUUCAUGGGCUCGUUCUACAAGGUCAAGAUCAACAGGAUCGGAUUCAAGCGCCGCGGCCAAUCGUCCUAUGCCACCCUCCACAACCGGCUGAGCGCCAUCUCCCUUGAAAGCUUCCGCCGCGACGACAAAGACGACGCCACAGAGCUCGCCGCUGUCGCUGUUCCCGGCAAGCGGAGAAAAGUCUUAAUCGCCACUAUGGAGUACAACAUUGACGACUGGGACAUCAAGAUCAAGAUUGGUGGGCUGGGCGUCAUGGCGCAGCUAAUGGGGAAAGCGUUGGAACACCAGGACCUCAUCUGGGUCGUCCCGUGCGUCGGCGGCAUCGACUAUCCCGUCGACCAGCGCGCCAAACCCAUGGACGUGCCCAUCAUGGGGAAGAAAUACGAAAUUGAGGUGCAGUACCACCAGGUGACCAAUAUCAUGUACGUGCUGCUCGACGCGCCCAUCUUCCGUCAGCAGAGCAAGGCGGAUCCGUACCCGCCGCGCAUGGAUGACAUCGACUCGGCCAUCUACUACUCGGCUUGGAAUCAAUGCAUAGCGGAAACCAUCCGCCGAUUCGAUCCUGACCUGUACCACAUCAACGAUUACCACGGCGCCGCGGCCCCGCUCUACCUCCUCCCCGACCGCACCAUCCCCUGCGCCCUGUCUCUUCACAACGCCGAGUUCCAGGGCAUGUGGCCGAUGCGCAAUCCCGAAGAGUCCAAGGAGGUCUGCGAGGUGUUCAACCUCGAUCCCAAGAUCGUCAAGGACUAUGUUCAAUUCGGUUCCGUCUUCAACCUCCUCCACGCCGGCGCCAGCUACCUUCGGCUGCACCAGAAAGGGUUCGGCGCCGUGGGUGUGAGCAAGAAGUACGGCGACCGCUCGUACGCGCGCUACCCCAUCUUUUGGAGCCUGUCCAAGAUCGGGCAACUGCCCAAUCCGGAUCCGAGCGAUACGGCCGAGUGGAAGCGCGACGAGGAAGUCGAGGAGCAGCAUGUCGUCGUAGACAACGACGCUGAAUCCCAGCGCGGCGAGUUCAGGCGGCAGGCGCAGGAAUGGGCCGGCCUGGAAGUCAACCCCGAUGCCGAGCUGUUCGUGUUUGUGGGCCGGUGGUCGCUACAGAAGGGGGUGGAUCUGAUCGCCGAUAUCUUCCCCUCGAUCCUCGACAAGUAUCCCAGCACACAGCUGAUUGCUGUCGGGCCAGUCAUCGAUCUCUACGGCAAAUUCGCCGCGCUCAAGCUUGAAAAGCUCGCAGAAAGAUACCCCAAGAGGGUGUUUAGCAAGCCCGAGUUUACAUCGCUGCCGCCGUAUAUUUUUACCGGUGCCGAGUUUGCGCUCAUCCCUUCUCGCGAUGAACCAUUUGGCCUGGUUGCGGUCGAGUUCGGGCGCAAGGGCGCGUUGGGCGUGGGUGCACGUGUUGGUGGCUUAGGUCAGAUGCCGGGGUUCUGGUAUACCGUCGAGUCGACGUCGCCGCAGCAUCUGCUACACCAGUUCCGCGAGGCGAUUGUAAGUGCCUUGGAGUGCAAGACCAAGGCGAGACAGGAGAUGAGGGCGUGGAGCGCCAAGCAGCGAUUCCCCGUCGCGCAGUGGGUUGAAGACCUCGAUCGGCUCCAGGGCAAGGCCAUCCGAUUGCAUAAUCGGGAGAGCACGAAGCGGAAGAAGAUAGCCAGCAGGCCAUUGCUUAGGGUUCCCGGAAUGGGCGGGAAUGAGCAAUAUUAUGACGACUGUCGAUAUGGGUUUUUCACCCGGCCCACGAGGGCGCGGUUUUCCUUGCCGCGCAUUAACGCCCCCGAUGGCCACAACGUCGAGAACCACCGGCGAUCGGUGUCAGACCACUUCGCCGACCGGCCAUCUCCGCACCCAGGAACGCCUCCUACAGCUGGGAGCGACCCCUUCGUGGCGCGGAACCCCAUGUUUUCCAACCCAUCCGCCAUGUCGUCCGCCGCAAGUCUAAUGACUAUCGCCCCCAACGACCCGAAUCAGUCCCACCCGAGAGAUGACAGCCUCGCGAUGCGCAUCAUGUCACCCGACGGCCCCGAACGACGCCUACCAGAACCUUUUGGCCUCUCGCCCGACUACAACCCCCAGACCCGCCCGGGCGCGCACCAACUGUACCAGAACCGCGAAUACAGCAGCUCACGCCUGUCUGUCGUCGAUGUCGUCGGCGAGCGGAACGACUUCAGGCUGCAAAAGGUCGACCCCUUCUUCAAGGAUAGCACCGGCCAGUACUACGCCGCGUUCGAGCAGAAACUGUCCGGGCUCAACGCCAAGAACUCCGAGACGGAACUGUGCAUCGACGACUACCUCAAGGCGUCGGAGAAGCAAUGGGCCAAGGACUUGCGCGAGGCGAAGCUAGGUAGGGACCGCAGCCCGAGCCGCACCCGCGGCAGCAGUCGCGCACCCGGCCUGGUGGUCAAGAAGAACCGAGACCGGCGCGGCGCCAGAGUGAUCAGCGUCCACAGCACCGCACCCUCGGCGGAAGGCGACCAAGACAUACUGUCGGGUUCUGGUGAGGAUGACGAGUUCCUGCUCGGCGACGGCUACAAGCCGCCUAGGGGCCUCAAAAAGUUGUUGUCGAUCCGCGUCGGCGACUGGCCAGUCUACUCCUUCAUCCUGGCCUUCGGCCAGAUCAUCUCCGGUAACUCGUACCAGGUCGUCUUGCUCGCUGGCGAGGCGGGCCAGACGGCAAAUCAGCUCUACAUCAUCGCCGGCACCUAUGCGGUCACGUCGGCACUGUGGUGGCUCGUAUUUCGGCGCUUUACCGCGCUGUAUCCGUUGUCGCUGCCAUGGUUCUUCUAUGGUCUCGCCUUUGUGUUGAUUGGCGUCACACCGUUCCUGCCAGAGGGGAGUAGGCCGGCGGUGCAGAAUACCGCAAGCGCGGUGUAUGCAGCAGGUGCGUCAAGUGGCGCGCUGUUCUUCGCAUUGAAUUUUGGUGAUGAAGGCGGCGCACCUAUCAUGACCUGGAUCUUUCGCGCGGCCGUCAUUCAGGGGGUCCAGCUCCUCUACCAGGUCGCCCUUUGGUUCUGGGGCAGUCUCAACACCUCACAGCACCCUACGGGUCUGCUCAACGGGAGCUUCAUCGCCAAUGAGGUCCCCACGCUAGUAGUCAUCACCGUUCCACUCGCCCUGGUAUUCUGGGCCUUCGGCAUCAUCUCGUAUCUAGGGUUACCUGAUUAUUACCGCCAAUCCCCAGACACCAUCCCAUCCUUCUACACGUCGCUGAUCCGGCGCCACAUCGUCCCCUGGUUCCUGCUCUAUGUGGCGAUCCAAAACUACUGGCUGACAACCACCUACGGCCGCUCCUGGGACUUCCUGUUCACCACCAAAGCCCUCCCCGGUUACGCGGUUGUCCUGUUGACCUUGGGAUUCUUCUCCGUCCUAUGGGCCGCCGGCCUCUGGGCCUUCUCUUUCUUCUCCCGGACACACCCGUGGAUCGUCCCCCUGUUCGGCAUCGGCCUCGGCGCCCCCCGCUGGGCGCAGAUGCUCUGGGGCACGUCUGGGAUCGGCCUAUACCUGCCCUGGCUUGGAUAUCCGGUGGCGUCGGCUCUCGUAUCGCGCUGCUUAUGGCUCUGGCUUGGCUUGCUCGAUAAUAUCCAAGGCGUCGGUCUCGGCAUGGUUCUGCUCCUGACGCUGACGAGGCAGCACGUGGCGGCUACGCUGCUCGGUGCGCAGGUAUUGGGUGCCGUGUUUACCAUCCUUGCGAGGGUUACAGCGCCCCACAAUAUUGGACCGGCCGACGUGUUUCCCGACUUCUCUGAGGGCGUGCUACCGGGCUUGGCGAAGCUGUGGUUCUGGGUGGCGCUGGUUUUGCAGUUGAUUCUGCCGGUUGGGUUCUUCAAGUUCUUUAGGAAGGAGCAGGUUUCUAAGCCGUGA